AUGUCUCUCACAAUGCACGACACAGAAGCUGUGCACGAAAAGUCCGCAACGGUCUGCUCAUCCCCUACCGCUGACGGCAAUGGCAGCUUCAACACGUCCGAGCCACCGAGCGCCUCGCUGUCAUCGUUCCAGAAGUUCAAUCGUCGCAUUGAGAACCUCGCUGGCUUGGAGGCACGAGGUAUCCAGCGCGUGCUGCCCGAGGAGCGUCAACCGGCAUCGCAUGCUGCUGAUCUGCAGGUAGCUGUGCUGUGGUUCAGCGCAAAUCUGUCGCUGAAUAACCUCGCUACUGGCCUGUUCGGACCUAUGGUGUUUGGCCUGGGAUUCUUGGAUAGCGCUCUUCUGGCAGUGUUUGGAACAAUUCUCGGGGCGUGUUCGACGGGAUACAUGGCGAUAUGGGGACCUCAAAGUGGUAACCGAACUAUGGUUGUCUUGCGCUACUUCUUCGGCUACUGGCCUUCCAAGAUCCCGACAUUCCUCAAUAUCGUCCUCAUGGUUGGAUACGCGACAAUUGAUUGCAUAAUCGGUGGACAAGUUCUGUCUGCUGUGAGUGGCGGUACCAUGACCAUCUUGGUUGGUGUCAUCAUCGUUGCCAUUGUGUCGUGGGUUGUGGCUGUUUUUGGAAUGAGAAUCUUCCACACCUACGAACGAUACGCUUGGAUCGCGCAAGUUGUGGUGCUUGCCGUCUUGAUCGGCGUGGCUGGUCCAUCAUUUAACGCCUCAGCACAGCCUACAGUCUCCGGCGCAACUCUUGCAGCUAGCCGCCUAUCCUUCUUCACCCUUUGUUUCUACGUCCCCAACUCGUGGGCUGCUGCGGCUUCUGACUUCUACGUCUACUAUCCUGAGCGCACUUCUCGCGUCAAGGUCUUCCUGCUGACCGUCAUUGGACUGACCAUGUCUUUCACAUUGGUCUAUCUCGUCGCUAUCGGACUAGCUACCGGUCUUGUUGAUAACAAAGCUUGGGCUGAUGCCAACGCUAUCAGCACCGGCGCUCUUAUCGUCGCUGCGUAUGAGCCCCUACACGGCUUCGGGCGUUUCUGCUCUGUUGUUAUCGCUCUUGGAGUCAUCGCCAACAGCACACCCUCUUUGUACUCUGCCUCGCUUGGAUGCCAGGUUCUCGGACGUUACACCAAGGCUGUGCCCCGAUGGGUUUGGUCCACCGUCAUGUCACUGAUCACCUUGGUUCUUGCCAUGGCCGGUCGCGAGAGCCUUUUGGUUGUUUUCCAGAACUUUGUAGCCCUGAUGGGCUACUGGGUCAUGCUCUUCAUCUGCAUUGUGCUGCAGGAGCAUCUGAUCUUCCGUGGACGCCAGGGUUUUGAUUGGACUGCUUGGGAGGACAAGUCGUAUCUUCCUGUUGGUUUGGCUGCGUUUGCAAGCUUCGUUCUUGGCUGGGUCGGUGCUAUACUCGGAAUGUCCCAAGUCUGGUACAUUGGACCUGUUUCGAAGGCAGCUCAAAACGCAGAUCUGGGAAUGUGGCUGGGCUGUGCAUUCGCGAUUGUCACAUUUCCCGUGUUCCGAUAUUUCGAGCUCAAGAUUUACGGACGAUAG